GGUGUUUGGGUGUUAGGUGGGCGUCACGGCCUAGGGAGUUGGCAAAAUACUGGUUGCGGCGAUUGCAAGCAUGGAUUCGCUUUCCUUGGAUGAAAGCUUCACAUGCUCGCAGGACCCAAACCAAACGCCGAAGAAAGCACCAUUAUGCCAGUCAACUCCUAAGUCCAAGAGGUCAUUCAUAUGCCAAUACUGUGGCAAACAAUAUGUGGUCGGACAUUACUAUAAACUGCAUGUCGAGAAGCAUUUGUCCGAUGCAGCUGCUGGUAAUGUCAGUCAGGUAGUGGCUUUAAAUGACAGUGUCAUUAGUGUCAUCGAUAAUGACACUAGUCUUCAGAAUGGAGGCUUUGCAGUCCCUCAAGCUCCUGCACCGUCAAAGCCAAAGAAAACUAUUACUGCCAAGGUAAAACGGAAACCCAAGUACAUUUGCACCUACUGUCUCAAAGGAUACUUGGAUCAGCGAUGCUUCAAACAACAUUGCAGAAAUCAUGCCAUUCAAGAUGCUGCUGCUCGUUUUCCUGAUAAGGAGAAAAUUUUAAACAAAGUGGAUGAUUUAGCAGAUGCAGCGUUAAAUGAGGCUUUCGGAAGAUAAACUGUGUCGGACACAAGAAAAUAACAGGUAAAGCGGGGCAGUGAAGUGCAAGAGGAAAGACGAAGAAUGUUUCAACUUGACAGCUAACAAAAGGAGGUUUAACGAAGAACCAG